CAAGCCCCACCAAGCCCAAGACCUUCCACCCUCCUCCCUCCCCAACUCAAGACAAUGGCUGGCCGUGUUGCUCAGAGCACUACCAAGAGAUGGCUCGGUGACAAGGGCACGUGGCCCGUGCUCGUGACCUGCGCGGCCGCCGCUGGCCUGUGCACGGCCCAGUGCGUGCGCUACCUGGCCGGCCACCCGGACGUCAACUGGAACAAGCAGAACCGCCAGGACAUGUUCCGCUACAAGGAGGACGUGGGCGCCGACUGGCAGUCGCACCGCCGCAAAAUCGCCGUCAUCCACAAGAACGUCAUCAACGAGGCCAAGGGCCUGAACAACUAAGUCUCCGGAUGCCGGGCUGGAGACCGCACGCCGUCCGACUGACUCUGCGUACCGACCGGUGCAUCAGAUCACUCUACCUGACUGCCUGACUGACGACUCGAGGGCAAAGGAACGACAACGCGGAAUCACAAGCUGAAGCCUUCAGUGCUGUACUUUUACAUUACAGCCCUCUCCCGACGUUGCCUUUAAGCUGACGGAGGGGGUUAGAGCGAAAUGAAAACACUUAUUUUGGUUCUACCUUU